AAGGCCGCCGGCCUGGGGCUCCGCACUCCAGCCUGUGGCGGGUCUUCCCCGCCUCUGCAGCCCAGUGGGAAGGAGGUGGGAGGAAAGAAGGAAGAAAGGGAGGAGGGAGGACGCAGGCCAGAGGGAGGGACCGCCUCAGAGGAAGAAGCGCCGCGAGGAGCCAGCGGAGCUCCGCGGGCUGGGGCGCAGCCGGCCGCCCUUCUCCGCACCCCGCCUCGCCCCUUCCCCUUCGCGCCCUCCGGCAGCGUCCUGCGUCGGUCCCCAGGCAGCAUGGUGAGGUCUGCUGUCGGGCCCUCGCCACCAUGUACGUGAGCUACCUCCUGGACAAGGACGUGAGCAUGUACCCCAGCUCCGUGCGCCACUCUGGCGGCCUCAACCUGGCCCCGCAGAACUUCGUCAGUCCCCCGCAGUACCCGGACUACGGCGGUUACCAUGUGGCGGCUGCGGCCGCCGCGGCCGCGAACUUGGACAGCGCGCAGUCCCCGGGGCCGUCCUGGCCCACCGCCUACGGGGCCCCGCUCCGAGAGGACUGGAACGGCUACGCUCCGGGGGGCGCCGCGGCCGCAGCCAACGCCGUCGCCCACGGCCUCAACGGGGGCUCCCCGGCCGCUGCCAUGGGCUACAGCAGCCCCGCCGACUACCACCCGCACCACCACCCGCACCACCACCCGCACCACCCGGCCGCCGCGCCUUCCUGCGCCUCGGGGUUGCUGCAGACACUCAAUCCCGGCCCUCCUGGGCCCACAGCUACCGCCGCCGCCGAGCAGCUGUCCCCCGGCGGCCAGCGGCGGAACCUGUGCGAGUGGAUGCGGAAGCCUGCGCAGCCGUCCCUCGGAAGCCAAGUGAAAACCAGGACGAAAGACAAAUACCGAGUGGUGUACACGGAUCACCAGCGGCUGGAGCUGGAGAAGGAGUUUCACUACAGUCGUUACAUCACCAUCCGGAGGAAAGCCGAGCUGGCUGCCACACUAGGGCUCUCCGAGAGGCAGGUUAAAAUUUGGUUUCAGAACCGCAGAGCCAAGGAAAGGAAAAUCAACAAGAAGAAGUUGCAGCAGCAGCAGCAGCAGCAGCAGCAGCCACCGCCCCCGCAAGGCCCACCGCCUGCCCCACAGCCGCCCCAGCCGCAGCCAGGCCCUCUGAGAAGCGUCCCGGAGCCCCUGAGUCCUGUGUCUGCUCUGCAAGGCUCGGUGCCUGGCUCCGUCCCUGGGGUUCUGGGGCCAGCAGCAGGGGUGUUAAACCCCACUGUCACCCAGUGACCUCCAGUGGCCUGCAGCAGCAGAGCAAUUCCGGGCUGAGCCACGAGGAGCAUAGACUCUGCUAGAAUCCUCAGGAGAGACCCCCUUCCCUCCUAACCACAAAUGUGCACCAACUUACCUAGCUCUCAGAGGAAGAAUGGGGGCCGGGAAUAAGGACAAGUGGGGUUGGAGGCCUCCAGGAAGACAUUCUCCCAGAUUUGGACUUCUGCUGGUCUUUCUGCCAGCGAGGAGAUGGGAUAUGACUACCGGGGCUUCAUUUAGUACUGGCAGAAGCCUGGUCUGGACUGACUAAACAGACAGGCUGUCAGCCCCCACCUCCGCAGAUCUUGGCCUCCAAAAUCUGCGGACACACCUCUGAUUGAAGCCGAGGGAAGAGAGGAACUCAGGGGGAACGCCAGCGCUUGCAGCCAAGAUGGCUACUGCCUACUCCCAGCCAUUCAAGGGCCAGCUGGUCCCUCCUGCCUCAAGGGCAGGCAAGCUUUAACUGCAAAAGUCAGAGGCAGCUAAGAUAGAAACCUGGACCUACCAAAGACUGCAGAACCCCCAGGUCUUUGUCUUUCUUCUCUUCCCUUCCCAGACCAGGAAAGGCUUGAGUGGUGUAUGUGCUGCUGUAUGGUGUGAGGGGCGUGGUUAUGGGGCUCCAGGCCUGACAAGAGGGCCCGGGACAGGGCCUUGUUUAGAAAGCCUGUCACCAGAGCUUCUCUGGGCUGAAUGUAUGUCAGUGCUAUAAAUGCCAGAGCCAA